UUCCCGACGGAUAUGAAGACCCUGGUCAUCGCUGUUGCCUUCGUGGCGUAUGUCGCUGUCAGUGUCAGCGGUGAUCCUGAAGCUGAUGCUGAGCCCAGCCGCUAUGGAGGCGGCUUUGGAGGCCAUGGGCUCGUGUCCUACAGACCCGUGUAUAGCAGCUACGGAUACGGACGCUGGAAGAGAAGUGCUGAGCCUGUAGCUGAGGCCGAGGCUGAGCCCGAAGCUGAUCCUUCCCGCUUCGGACACGGGUAUGGCAGCUAUGGGCACGUGUCUUUCAGGCCCGUGUACAGCAGCUACGGAUACGGACGCUGGAAGAGAAGUGCUGAGCCUGUAGCUGAGGCCGAGGCUGAGCCCGAAGCUGAUCCUUCCCGCUUCGGAUACGGCUAUGGCAGCUAUGGGCACGUGUCCUACAGGCCCGUGUACAGCAGCUACGGUUAUGGACGCUGGAAGAGGAGUGCUGAGGCUGAGCCUGUAGCUGAGGCUGAGCCCGAGGCUGAUCCUUCCCGCUUCGGAUAUGGGUAUGGCGGCUAUGGACACGUGUCCUUCAGGCCCGUGUACAGCAGCUACGGUUACGGACGCUGGAAGAGGAGUGCUGAGGCUGAGCCCGGAUUCAGCUUCGGUCGCGGCUUCGGAGGUCACGGUCGCUUCGGAGGCUACAGGGGCUAUGGAGGCUACGGCGGGAGCUUUGGAGGACAUGGUCGUUUCCAUGAGUCCACCGAGGAGCAAUAUGAACUCCAGGAAAUGCAAAAUUGCUCACUUGAACUCAACCCUUGCCCUUUGAAGCAGAGUUUCCAGCACGUGACCUUGAGCCGUUUCGCGAUUGGCUGUAGGCGGGAGCGUCAGCGUCUCGCGUGCUAUAUAAGAGCCGACCGCCGUCGUUUGGCCACGGUCAUCGCUGUUGCCCUCGUGGCGUAUGUCGCUGUCAGUGUCAGCGGUGAUCCUGAAGCUGAUGCUGAGCCCAGCCGCUAUGGAGGUGGCUUCGGAGGCCAUGGGCUUGUGUCCUACAGACCCGUGUACAGCAGCUACGGAUACGGACGCUGGAAGAGGAGUGCUGAGGCUGAGCCUGUAGCUGAGGCUGAGCCCGAAGCUGAUCCUUCCCGCUUCGGAUACGGCUAUGGCGGCUAUGGACACGUGUCCUACAGGCCCGUGUACAGCAGCUAUGGAUACGGACGCUGGAAGAGAAGUGCUGAGGCUGAGCCCGGAUUCAACUUCGGUCGCGGCUUCGGAGGUCACGGUCGCUUCGGAGGCUACAGGGGUUAUGGAGGCUAUGGCGGGAGCUUUGGAGGACAUGGUCGUUUCUAUGGCUAAGAAAUUUUGGUUCGAGGAAGAUUAAUAAA